UAUACCCUCUUAAUUUGUCUCUCUCCACCCAGUAUGGCAUUAUCCCUCUAAUCCUCUCUGUUACGUCUCUAUUUCUGAUUUUAUCAGUUUAAGUAUGGAUUCUAAAGCUACAGGACAACCACUAAUGAACAUUGCAAAUAAAGAAAACCCAUUUGACAUUGACUGGUCCUGCACUGAAAUGGAAGAAACCUUCCAAAUGUAAGAACCCCGUUUCUAUUUCACAUCAGUUAAUGUUAUAUUCUUGCUUUACUGUGAAAUGGGUAGUGGUUUCUCGCUACUAAUCAAUGUAAAGAUUCAAUUGUUUAGUGGUACUCCAUGGGUUCAAGCUCUUAAGCCCUAACCCAUUAAACUUUUCUUUCUUUCUUUUUUCUUUUCCUUUUGAAGAAGAGUAAAGAUUUUAUCUUGUUCUUGUUUAUAUUACUUUUCUUCUUUGAUUGGUUUUAUACUGCCAUGCAGAAUGUCAGAGCUUCCGCCAAUACAGAGCUGCAUCGAGAUGGAUUCUUUAGCUCUGCCAUGGGAGAAGGAUGAUUAUGGGUUCGAGGGGUUUGAAGAGUUAGAUAUUGAUUGCUCCAUUCUUGAUAAUAGCCUUGUUUCUUGGGAUGAAGAUUCGAUGAUUGACAGAAAGCCUAUAGUGAAUAGUCUUAAGAUUGAGUCAGGUGCAGUUCCUCAUAAGGCAUUGGCUCAAAGUCAUGAUUGUGCUUCAAAUUCAAGCAUGAACAAGGAAGAAAAUACAGUGGUUGACAGAAACCCAGCAGUGAAUAGUAGUGUUAUCAAUGUCAAGAUCGAGUCAAGUGAAGUUUCUGAUAUGAUAUUGGCUCAAAGUCAGGAUUGUGCUUCAAAUUCAAGCAUGGAAAGGGAGGAGGAAAAGAGGAUACCAAAUGGGGGAAGGAAGAGAGCAUCAGUUCCUUUAGAAUUCGAGGAAAUUCAGAAGCAUUUUGAUGUUCCUAUUACUAAAGCUGCCAAGGAGAUGAAAGUUGGUCUGACUGUUUUGAAAAAGAGAUGCAGGGAACUUAAGAUCAUGAGAUGGCCUCAUAGGAAAAUCAGGAGCUUGGAGUCUCUUAUCAACAAUGUUAAGGAGAUGGGUCUGACAAAGGAGAUAGUGAUGCUGGAGGAACACAGAAAACUUGUUGAGAAAGUGCCAGGUAUGGAGCUGACUGAAAGAACCAAGAGGCUGAGGCAGGCCUGUUUCAAAGCCAAUUACAAGAAGAAAAGGUGCUUGGCAGGUUAUGCUUGACAUCUCUUUCUUUUAACUUCUGGUACAUACACAGGUUGCAGGAUAUCGAUCAACAGGCAAUGUUAAUGAGGGCUUCCAUACAGAUGUAUAUGCUUUAGGUUUUGCUAGCUUUCCUUUGAGUCAAAAAAUAGAUAGAUAAAACUUUCUGAUGAAUUUCUUGCAAGUAUGUAUAAGUCAUCAUAUAGACUAGAAAAUCUUGCAGCCUUUGUUUACUUAAUGUCAAGCCAUCUUACUGUUUUUAGUAUGCUGGUAGAAACAAUAGAAAUUUUAGCCUUGUGCAGUUUUGUCAAAUCUUUUUUUGUUGAUGGA